CGUAAAGCAGACUUGCCGCCGCUGCUGUUGAGGGAGAAAGCAAGAUUAUCUUCCUAUCCAAAAAGAUGAAAACAGCCUGGCUACUUUCAAAAGACAACCAAGUGAACACCACAGACUAAUGAGUAGAAUCAAUAAGAACGUGAUUUUGGCCCUCUUAACAUUGACAAGUUCGGCAUUUCUGCUGUUUCAGUUAUACUACUACAAGCAUUAUUUAUCAACAAAGAAUGGAAUUGGUUUAUCAAAAUCCAAAGGAGGCAAAAUUGGAUUUGAUAGCACACAGUGGCGUGCAGUUAAAAAAUUUAUUAUGCUAACAUCCAACCAAAAUGUACCAGUGUUCCUUAUUGAUCCAUUGAUUCUGGAAUUGAUUAAUAAAAACUUUGAACAAGUCAAAAAUACUUCUCAUGGCUUCACUUCAGAAUGCAAGUUUUUCUGUGUUCCAAGAGAAUUUACUGCAUUUGCACUACAGUAUCACCUGUGGAAGAAUGAGGAAGGCUGGUUUCGGAUAGCUGAAAAUAUGGGAUUUCAAUGCCUGAAGAUUGAAAGCAAAGAUCCUCGGCUAGAUGGGAUAGACUCACUUUCUGGAACUGAAAUCCCCCUGCACUAUAUUUGUAAAUUGGCCACUCAUGCCAUUCAUUUGGUGGUCUUUCAUGAGAGGAGUGGCAACUACCUCUGGCAUGGCCAUCUACGACUCAAAGGACACAUUGACAAGAAAUUUGUUCCUUUCCAAAAGUUACAGUUUGGUCGUUAUCCUGGAGCUUUUGACAGGCCAGAGUUACAGCAGGUUACUAUUGAUGGACUAACAGUGCGUAUUCCAAAAAAUCCAGUGCACUUUCUAGAAGAAAUACCACACUCAAGGUUUAUUGAAUGCAGGUAUAAAGAAGCUCGAGCAUUCUUUCAGCAGUACCUUGAUGAUAACACUGUGGAAGCUAUGACCUUUCGGAAGAGUGCAAAGGAUUUAUUGCAACUAGCAGCCAAAACGUUAAAGAAAUUGGGAGUACGAUUUUGGCUGAGCAGUGGAACUUGUUUAGGAUGGUAUCGGCAGUGCAAUAUCAUUCCUUAUAGCAAAGAUGUUGACCUAGGGAUUUUUAUACAAGAUUACAAAUCUGAUAUUAUUAUAGCAUUUCAGGAUGCAGGACUUCCACUCAAACACAAGUUUGGGAAGGUGGAAGACAGCUUGGAACUAUCCUUCCAAGGAAAAGAUGAUGUAAAACUUGACAUUUUUUUCUUCUAUGAAGAGACUGACCAUAUGUGGAAUGGAGGCACUCAGGCCAAAACAGGAAAAAAAUUUAAAUACCUGUUUCCCAAGUUUACACUGUGCUGGACUGAGUUUGUAGACAUGAAGGUCCAUGUGCCCUGUGAAACCAUCGAAUACAUUGAAGCCAACUAUGGCAAGACCUGGAAGAUUCCUGUAAAGAUGUGGGACUGGAAGAACUCUCCCCCCAAUGUGCGGUCCAAUGGAAUCUGGCCUAUUUCUGAGUGGGAUGAGGUCAUCCAGUUGUACUGAAAUAAUAAGUGGAAAUAGGAGACACUUUCUCCUGAAAAAAAAAAAAAAGGUUGGUAACUGUUUAAAAAACUACAUGUCUAUUUAUCAAACAUAAGCAGAAGCCAAAGGAAAAAUAUGACAAGUUUGAAGACAGAAAGAAUCCUAACUUUUGAGCCAUCUGAUUUAGUUCUCUCAUUCAGCAUUCACUGAGUUUCUGUGUGUCAGGUAACAUGCUAGGUUACAGUGGAGAAGCAGAGACAAAUGAUCAAAUGCCUGCCUUGUUCCUGUCCCUUUGGUAAGCACCCUAGUUUUCCUUUGAUGGAAACUCUCCACCUUUUGAAGAGCUGAAGUAAAAUAUAAUAUAUUCUAUAAUGGUUUUUUUUUAAUGUUAAGUCAUUCUUAGGCUGGAAGAUGAGCUCAUCAGCAAAGCUAACGAAUGAUAUACUCAUGAAAAAGAAUAAUGUAUUCUUGUCCUCAGUGUUGAAGCUGGUGUAAUAGUGCUACCUUUAAGAAUGCGGCGUCUCAGUUAAUUUUCAAGUGAUCAGACUUUACGUGCAUCAGGAAAAGAUUGUAGCAGACUCAUUUGACAAGCCUUCUGAAGUGAAUUGAUUUAGAGCACAGGGCAUUAUUCUAUAAGAGAAGGUGGGAGCUUAUUUCAGGCUUUGUCAAUGUAAGUAACUUUCCAUACACUCACUGUUUUCCAUAUUUGAAGUGAGAAGAAAGCUGAUGUUUUUGUGAAGCUUAAAUUUUCAACUGUGUUGAAAAUAUUUUCAUUGACCUUUGGUGUACUUGUUGGCAUAUCAUUCAAGUCCAUGCUACUAGACGUGAUUUUGAAGAGAUGUGAUUUACAAAACUUAAUUUCCUAUUUCAUUCUCAACCACUGUCUUAGGUUAAAAAUAUGAGCUAUUCAUGAACAUUUUAUAUUUUCUCAGUUUAUAACCCUUGCAUUCCCAAUUUAAUGUUGACCCUAAGAUAUUAAUAGAAAUACCUCUAAUUUUCUAAAUAUACUCUUCAUUGUAUUUAUUCAUCAAUCACAACUCCUUCUCUUUAAUUUAUAGACUAUAAACUAAUUUAAGUGGCAAAAAGCUGUUAUUUCUCUUCUAAAACUACUUCAGAUCUCCAAAAUGAAAGGUGAACAAUGAACCUGGAACUGUUCCCCACCCUCAGCCUGUAAUGUUUAUAAAGCUGUGUCCCUCUCUCGUUGUUCAAUCUGCAGAGUACCACAGGGGCAAGAACUCAGACUUCUCUGCUUUCUCAAGCAUCAUCCACUCUGGAACCCUUCAGUUUUCUUUUUCACCUCAAGAUAUACCCCCGAGUGGGUUGGGAUGACUGUCUCCCCUGUCUCUUUACUAGUCACUUGAAUUAUGUAUUCUCACUGAGUGAAUAAGGGAAAUGCAGGCACAGGAAGCACUGGGAAAAGAAGCUGAGUCUUUUAUCUCAUCUGUGCUACUUAGAGGACUGUCUUCUGGACUGGCAUGGUAGACUUUUCUCUAAAACAAGAAUAAUGAGUCAAUUUGAAAAACAACAUGAAAGUUUUCUUUGAUGAAAAGUAACCAACAUUCUUUCUCUCUUAGGAUGCAUUCUCAACGCAAAAUCAUUGGGGUCUUUUCAUAAAUAAAUAGGUUUUGGGGAAUCUUUGUAGAUUACCAGUAGACUUGUACCCAAAUGACAGGUCAUCAUAAUCAUCUUUCUCUCUGCUAGAAAAUCAGCCCGUAGACUAUAAACCCAAAUUUUAAAUAUCUGACUCUAAUUUCACAUAUUGCACACCCAAAACAAUGUAACAGAUAAUAAUUGUUUUUGGGUAAAAUCCACCUUACUUGGAGAGUAAUGUUUGCUUGUGCUUGACAUCUGGAACUACAUAUUCUUCACAUUCCUGCCCAAAUUGGGGCUCCCACUGUUUGCUAGGAAAUCCUACCCACCCUGUUCAGGUUGUUUCUCUUGCAUCUGUCUCAAAAAUAUGAGAUCUGGAAAUGUCAAAAUCAAAGAUGUCUUGGUCCUGUUGGCAGAUUUUCCAUAUUCUUCCUUACAGAGGCCACAGGCUGCUGCAAUCUCUCCCUUUUCUUCCUUCUGUUUUUAUAGGCUUUAGCUCUUGGGCUUCACUCUAACUUGGGAAAAUGAAAACCUUUCCCCAGAAUAUGAAAACAGCUGGGCUUACCUCUGAUACUGAUUCAGCCUUACUUCAAUCUGUGCUUCUUAACAUUUGAGCUUGGCCAAGUGUCCAGAGACCCUGAGUUAGGGGUAUCCCCCAUCAAUAUCUCGUCAGAUCACUUUUCUUUCCUUAUCUAGGUAUUCCAGCAGUCAUUUUCCUAAUCUGAUUGUUUUCAGGUCCAGUGUGCCUGGUUUGCUUGAAGAAGACCUCUUAUAUUAACUUAGUGGUAUUUAGGCACUGUGAAUGUCUCUAGAGAGAUCCUAAGAAGCAAGAUCAGUCAGCUGACUUGGAAGUUGACGAUCAGUCCUUGAGAAAGCCAUUCAGUCCUUCUCUAAACUUGGAGCAUUUAUCCUUAUCCUCCUUCUACUGCAGCAACUGACACCUGGCCCCUGGAAUAAAACAGUAGUUUCCUAAACUGAGUAUCCCUAAGAAUAGCUGAGCAGUGGGAAUGCAGGUUUCCCUAAUUCCCUAGCUACAAACCCUAAAAAAUGACCACUAGGUAAUAAAAUACAUGCCAGCAUCUCCGAAAACAACUUAACAUUUAAGUAAAAAUCACUCUGCUCUUGAAAGCUAAAUGGGACUUUAGUGCAAUAUUCAUUUUGACCCUCUUAUUUUAUAACUAGUAAAUAAGCAGAGAAAGGAAUAUUCUGAGCAAGAAACAGCUGAGACACACAAGAGUGCCAUGACAUCUAAUCCAGUGUUUCUUUACUUACAUCCCAGUACAACAUCUUUGACCCUUUCAAGAUGCCUGCCAGAGGAGUUUACCCAGUGCUCCGUGAGACAGUGUCAGGGUAUUUCUGCCAUUACUCGUUAAUCUUUUUGCUCAGAUUGAAAUCCUGAAGUGACAAAGAGGUUAAGGGAGGAAUGUUUCUUUCUUGUCCAGAUUUUUUAGACUACCUUCUUUAUCUGAAAAAUACCUUAUGUCCCAAAAAUAAAACUGUUCAUGCCUGGAGAUACCAGCCUUCUGUACCAGAUUCUCCAGAGAUCAAGAUGUAUCCCAUUGUUACUUUACCCUUGUAUUUCCCCAGAGAACAAUCAGCACCAAUUUGCUAAGUGCCCAUCUCUGAAGAGUCCCUCCCCUUCAUGAAGUAACCUUUCAUGAGGCUCUUUCUGUCUCAGGCCCUUUUCCUCCUGAAAGAUCUUUACCCUCCAAAGAGAACAGUAGUAAAUGUAACCAGAGUACAUUGCAUUUUUCAGGACUUUUUUUUUUUUUUUCCACCCCUUCUUGGCUGGAAAGGAAAUUGAAGUAUCUAGUUUCUUUCUGCUUUUAGUUAUUUAUAGUGAAACUCUCUUAUGAAUGCAAGUAGUUAACAAUAGAUUGUGCUCAUUUCUUUUUAAAUUUGUGACUCCAAACCAUUGCUUUCAUUCUUACACAACAAAGCUUCAAAUGGCACAUAGGGAUAGGCAGAAUACUGCAUAGCUAAGCAGGGGUUUGUAUUUUGGAUACUAAAUUUAAAUCUGAAAGACACACUUGGAAUGAGUUCCCAACUGCAGUCUAAAAUCUCAUCCAAUAUCACAAGCCUAAGCCUACAAAUUUUUCUAAGUUUCCCCUACUUUUACCUUCUGGAAAACAAACAAUUCCUUCAUCCUAAAUGUUGUAAAUCCCUAUGGAAGGUCUUACCUCAAAAACCUAGUUAUGCAUUCCCACCUUCUAACACAUACCCAUAGUUUUAACUGCUUACAAGCAUGGGAUAACUCCAGUUACUGACUGAAAGAAUUUCACAGGAAAGACAUUGAAAUGAAUUGGACAUAACUUUUCUAUGUUCAUAUUUGAAUACAUGACCAGUAAAACUCCACAUCAUGUACAAUCACAAGAAUGGGAUCCUAAUUAGAAUAAGUUAUGUACCAUGUAUACAAUAUGUCCAAAAACACUCUACUGCCAUAUAUAUCUAAAAAGAACAAAGUUUUUUAAAAAGCUGAGAGAAAACAGGCCCAAGGAUGUGGCUCAGUGGUAGAGUACUUACCUAGCACAGGUGAGACCCUGGGUUUGAUCCUCAGCACCACAUAAAAACAAAUUUUCUUUUAAAUUCUUUAAAAGAAAAAGAAAACAUACUAAUUAUCACAACAAAAAAAUAAAUAAAUAAAAAUUCACAGUGACUUUCUCUACCUUCCUUGCCUUCCUCUAUUUUUAAAACCUGGGCUGUCUGGGUAACCUCUAUCAUCUCACUUAGGGAAGGUAUAAUAAUAAAAAGUCCACAAGCUUUUGAGGACCACUGGAGUUUGAAUCCUGGCUUUAUUAUGUGGGAUUUAUAAGGCAGGGGGGACUCUCAGCUUCUGCUUACACAUGAGUCAAUUGGGGGAAAUGAUGCCUAAUUUUAAGGGCUUUUAGAAGGAUUAAAUGAAAUGUGCAGUACUUAGCCUCUGGCUUAGGAUUAAGUAAAUAUUCAAGAAAUGUGCCAUUUCCUAUUUCCAUGUUGUUUUUUCUAAUUAUUCAAAUGGGAUUAUAGAAAUUGUAGGUCAGGAUAAACUAUCCUACUUAGAAGAUGAAAUAACUGAUUUUGCUUAAGAAAAAAUAUUUUUUUUUUUCUACUCAAUGCAAGUUAAAUUGUGUAGUUUAUGAAAUUCAGAGACAUUACUACAUUGCCUCUUUCUCUAAAUAGAACUUAUAUUAUCAUUUUGUUGGUUAAGCUAUUAUCGCCUAAUACUAUCUCCUAUGCAAUUAUUUCCUUGAUCCCAAGCACUUCAUUCUACUUUCUUUGAUUUAGUGCCUGCUCUGACCUGAACUCCUUUUUCAAUAUUCUAGCUUUACCCAGAAGUAACACUACACUGUAAGUCAUGAUUUUGGAAAAUGAAUGAAUUUGGAAUACUUAGUUUUUUUAAAUUAUCUGUGCUGGGCUAUGGGUAUGACUCAGUGACGGAAUGCUUGCUGAGAACAUGUGUGGGGCUUUGAGUUCAAUUCCCAUCACCACGGGGGGUGGGUGGGGAGAUAAUCAAUGCCUUUUUAUUGUUGAUAAAAGUGAAUUGAAAAUAUUCAUGUUCCCUGUCUGUCCUCAAAAUUUGUUCUGUCUCAACUAGGCAAGAAUCAGCAGGGUAUAUGAUGCCAUUUUAAGCUACUCUACAUCAGACUGGAAUCAAUAUAAUUUAUAAGUGAAGCAGAUCAAUUCAUUGGUGAUACCUUUUAUACAAAAUCAGUGCUUAAGAAGGCAAGUAGAAAUUUUCUAAUGAGAAAUCUGUUUCUGAAUUCUCAGAUCUAGCAUAGAAUUCCCACCAGUCUCAUAACUCCUAAAUCUAGUAGAGUGUAUGUAAGAAGACUUUAACCAGCCAAGCUUCUAUAUACUCAUGAGCAUCUCCCACCAAAGUGUUGAAAAGGGGCUAUAAAGAACACUGGAGUAUUGUAUUUUGUUGUAUACAGGAGAUAAUGUCUCACAUGCCUUUUGAAAAAUUAAAGAUUUUACAUCUUUCUAGUGAUUUAGUCUGAGCAUGGAGAAUACUUCAUGUGUUUGUUAUUUGAAAAUCAUGUAGCUCUUUGUGUGUUCCUUCCAGUUGAUAACUAUAAAACGUGUAUGAAUUUUCUAAAGAGUAUUAUUUUAAACGAGUAGAUUUCAGGAUAUGCUUACCAGUUUACUAUUUGGUUUUAUCUUCAGGUAUAGAUACUUUGUGGUACUACUGAAAAUACCUUUAAUAUUAUUAUUUUGACCAAAAUUUGUAAUAUAUAAUUCACUUUGAGGUGAUGAAUAAAAUUUUUCUA